UUUGAAAUGAGUUCGCUGAAAGCAAGUGUGCUGCCCAAACUUGUAACAUUGCCCAGUGAAUGGGAUCUGGAUGAUGAUCUUGAAAAUGAGAUUUCCCGUCUAGCGGAGACUACCUCUUCUCCGAUAAAAGCUAUCAAUGGUCAGCGCUGUGAAGGUGACGAGGACUCUGAUGAAGAUCAGUUCCUAAAAUCGGUUGAUCUUUUUGUGAAAAAGGAUUUUAAUACUUCGUUGAAUAGCAAUAAUGAUUCUAUUGUCGAAUCUGGAGGUUCGAAGUCUUCCAACACUGCUGAAAGAGUCACCGAGAAGUCAGCAAUUGAGGAGGCUCUUUGUGCUAUUGAAGAGCGUGAGAAAAGCCAGGAUCCCAUUUGUGAGUCUUCUGAGGACUCAGAGAUAGAUGUUGAUGCGAAGUCUUGGAUGAGAAAGCCAAACAGCGAGAAAUCUGGGAUGGCCCCGAAAGAUGUCAAGUUUAUCUGGUCUUCCACUGUGGUGAAGGACAAAUCACUUAAAGGGCCUGUGAGUCAAACUAGCUGGUCACCGAAGAAACCAAAAAAAGUCGACCAAGCCAAUCGAAUACUCGAAGAGUACGGUUCCAGUCCACAGUCUCAGCAUAGAGUAGUAGCCAUGAUGAAGGCACAGCAACUGGCACUGAGCGAACACAACAGCGUCUCUGGACAUGCAAAUCGCGAUUGCCAAUUGAUUGCUAAUCAAUGCAUUGAGCUCGGAAACGAAGUUCGGGCAAUCUAAAUUAAUUUUGAAAUCCGCCCCUUCUCUUUAAAGGCCAUGGUAUCAGUGCGG